AUGCAUGCAUCGAGAAAUUCCUUAAAACUUUAAGAGAAGGAAUGUCGCAAUUUGGUUUUAAUACCAUAAUUAUUUUACAUCAUAAUUUUUUUUCUAAUUCAUUAUUUUCUUAAAUUAAAAAUAAAAGUGCAAUACAUAAAUGCAAGGUACCUAAAAUAUAAAUAAAUUUGCUAAGAUACUGUCCUAUUUUUAGUUUUACUCAAUCUAUGAAAGCCUACUUUUUAAAGAAGCCUAAGCUGUCAUAUUUUGCUCCUCUAAUGUGUUAUACUCUUCGUUAAUUUUAGGAAUCAAUCCAUAGCUAAAUAUAUCAUCAGCAGUUAUUUAUUGUUAUCUCGGUAUAAUUAAUUUAUUUUCCUGAAUAAAGCCAUCCUAAUUUCAUUAAAUGAUGUUGCUUUUAGAUGA